CAAUCCCAGUAGAAACAGUUCCACUCGACGAAUAGAAAUCCUCGGCAGCGAAGUGGUCUCGACACACAUCCAAUGGACCGAGUGGUAGUAGCGGUGUGGUGCGCUGCUGGUGGGCACACUGGCCGGGACAGAGGAGCGCUUCACGGGGGAGUCAGACGGCAGCGGCUGCAAUAAAGAAUCGCACCUUGAAUACAUUCCGCGUCCAGUUCUAGUGAGGACGGAACCCCGGCAUGGCCGGUGGUGCGGCGUGAGCGCGUCUGUCAAAGCGAAGAUCGGAGGGAUCCGAACACACGCACAAACAUAUACCGAGGGCCAUGCACGGAGGCGCAGACGCUUCGUAGAACCGGUCGUAGAGCUGCGUGUGUUCCGAGCGUCUCCUCCACCUCGGGACAUGGACUGACCCUCGUUCUCCGGAUGAUUUGAUGGGGCUGCUCAGAGUCAUGAUGCCGCCCAAGUUGCAGCUCCUGGCGCUUCUCGCGUUCGCAGUUGCCAUGUUCUUUCUGGAGAACCAGAUCCAGAAGCUCGAGGAGUCCCGGGGAAAGCUCGAGCGAGCCAUCGCCAGACACGAGGUCCGAGAGAUCGAACAGCGCCACACGCAGGUCGGCCUGAGAGAGCGAGAGCUGUCCCUGUCGUUGAUGUCCGAGCAGGACGACGACGUGGUCAUCAUCUACAACCGGGUGCCAAAGACGGCCAGCACGUCCUUCACCAACAUCGCCUACGACCUGUGCGGGAGGAACCACUACCACGUCCUGCACAUCAACACCACCAAGAACAACCCGGUCAUGUCCAUCCAGGACCAGGUUCGCUUCGUGAAGAAUGUGACGGAGUGGAGCGAGAUGAAGCCUGCUUUCUACCACGGACACGUGUCCUUCCUGGACUUCACCAAAUUUGGUGUGAAGAGGAAACCCAUUUACAUCAACGUGAUCCGAGACCCCAUCGAGCGGCUGGUGUCUUAUUAUUACUUCCUGAGAUUCGGGGACGACUACAGACCGGGCCUGAGACGGAGGAAGCAAGGAGAUAAGAAGACGUUUGACGAAUGCGUGUCAGCUGGGGGGUCAGACUGUGCCCCGGAAAAACUCUGGCUGCAGAUUCCCUUCUUCUGUGGACACUAUUCUGAGUGCUGGAACGUGGGCAGCCAGUGGGCUCUGGAGCAGGCUAAAUACAACCUGGUGAACGAGUAUCUGCUGGUCGGUGUAACAGAGGAGCUGGAAGACUUUGUUAUGAUGCUGGAGGCGGCGCUGCCGCGCUUCUUCAGAGGCGCCACUGAGCUGUACAAAACAGGAAAAAAGUCCCACCUGAGAAAGACCACGGAAAAGAAGCCAGCCACUAAAGAAUCAAUCGCAAAACUGCAGCAGUCAGCCAUUUGGAAAAUGGAGAACGAGUUCUAUGAAUUUGCACUGGAGCAGUUUCAGUUUGUCAGAGCGCACGCUGUCAGAGAGAAAGAUGGCGAGCUCUACCUGCUGGCACAGAACUUCUUCUAUGAAAAGAUCUACCCCAAAAACUGAGACACGCUUGACUUUGUGACAUGAAGGGCAGGACACUUGCCAAGAGUGACGGAGUGAAGUGAAGGGCCGGGCGCAGCUGCUGUGAGUCUGACCGUGGUGCAGACCCUCCGGCAAGCAGACUGGUGCCGGCACUCCUCAAAUCUGUGCCUGCCAACUGGACCAAGAGCUUGUGUUACUUCCGUCACGUCAGCAGCUUCCCAGCAGCCCCCUUUCUCUUGAGUGUCAAAGGUCGCCUGAGCUCUACAGAACCAACGGCUGAUCAAGACUUAGUUUGGGUUGUCCCCAUGUACUUUCACUGGCUCUGUACUGUUUGUGUUUGGUUGUGUUUUAACUCUAUUGUAAGUGAAGAAUGUGACAGCUUGAUGGUGACACGACGCUGCCAUGACUCAUCUUCACUGCUGUAUCAGUGAACCAGAACCUUUGAGGUUUUUAUUACACUUUCUUACUGGUCCAUUUUGUUCCAUUUGUUCAAGAAAGAACGCUUGAUGUUAUUGAGCGGCAGAUUUCAAUAGAAACACUUUCUCUCCACAUAAUUGUGACUUUAAUUUAUUUAUUUCAUGGCAGUCAGUUUGAACUUGCUGCCAACCUCAGCUUGUUUACGGUUUUUCCACUUGAGCCGAUGACAUUUACAAGGUGUGGAUAUUUCUGUACAUAACGGUUGUUCAUUUAAAGAUUUCUAAACCUGAAGGAAAAGCAUUUUAAGAAGAAGGCAACUCUACAUUAGAUUCAUAUCCAUUUUAGUUUUGUACAAAAGAAGCAAAGUGUCCGGUGGGGUAGGAUUGUUUUUAACUUUGUUAUUCUACUACACUAAAGGGAUCAUCCAGGCAGUGACUCAUAUUGCUAGAUUGAAGGAUUAUUAAAGACUGCUCUUGAGUAUCUGUGUGCCUUCUUUACCACCAGCUUCAUCAAAACUGCUCUCCUCUUUGACUGACACAACACAUUAAACACACAAUAUAGAACUACUUUAGUUUACUGUGUCUUUCUGCAACUUAACAUCUCCAUAAUAAUAAUGUUGAUCAUAACUACUGAGUGGUGAGUCUUAAUGUUCAAGUCAGGGUGAGUCAUAUUUUUGACCUCCUGUUUGACCUUUCCUCGUGUUGGAAGUGAGCUGCAGAUUCGAGCGGACAAUGAAAUACGACAGCAAUAUGACGUGUGGAUGCGUUACUUAAUUCGACCUAUGGAGGACGCUAAAGAGCAGUAUUGGUUGCGACUACUGGUCCAUACUUUUUUGCAGUACUCGGUGUUCAGAAAAUACCACUGAAGACUUGAAAAUAAUUUUAUUUAUUUGCAAAAUUACCCUCCAUAUUUUAGAUUAUGAUGCUGUCAAAAUAUCACUUAAAUUCGUUUUUUUGUACAUACAGAUAAUAUUAAAAUAAAUUAAGUUUAAAUAUAAUGUCAUAUUGGGGACAUAAGUUUGGAGGUGACCACAAAGACAUAUCGGUUUCAGGACUGCAUGUUAUUUACUAACAAUAGCAUUAGUUUUCCCCCCCUUUUACAAGCAUAAGUAGCACAUAUAAUCUCCAUAUAUAAACAUCCAUGCAUUGGUCAUUAUAUAAAAAGUUAUUACAGUCCCCUCCAUUAAAUACUGAGCCGUUUUGGCGUGACGACAGAUGCUCAGUGUUCAGAACAUUAGGCCUGUGACGACAGAGUCCAUGUGCCUUAUGUAACGCAGCAGUUAGUCUUCACGCUGAGGUGUGACAUGUCAUGCUGCAGCACCAGCAGAGAAGAGUUUAGAGCCUGUCCUGUCCUGCGGUUUCUCCAUAGCAACUCCUCCCGCUUGAGCUGGCUCGAUGGCUCCCGAGUAAACGCUUGACUCUUAUUCAGUAUGACAGCACAUGUUUGCUCUGCAGCGCUGGUUGACACUGCUUCUGCAUGAUAGUGUAGAUUUGAAUGUCAAUCUCUGAUCUGGAUUACACACCUCUUUCUGUGUUUGACUUUCACGUAAAUGUCAUCCAACUGUCGGAUGUGUUGACUCCCAUGAACAGUAUGACACACCAGACAGCAGCACAAUAAUAAAAUAAUCCAUUUAAAAUUUACUGCCUUGCAAACUUCAGAGACGUUUUCCAUAUGCCAGAUUCUUGCUGUUUGUUUGAGUUCCAGAAUGCUGCUGCCACUACUGCUACUUUGCUACUAAAGAUAUGUUAUGGAUCAUAAAUAAAUAACGGGUGAAAACCAUUUUUUACAUACCUGGAAAUGAGCUUGCUGGUUGAGGUCUGCACUUGCCGAUUGCUUUUCUAGUUGUACAAAACAGCCUGUAGUACUUCAGCAUAUUAAAUAACUUGU